AUGAGCGAAUCUCAAAGUGACCCGCAGAAAGGUCUCCCCGCUUCAGCGGCGACCGCCAAAGCGGGCGCACGAAAGAAGACCCGACCCACCUAUUCAUGCCUAAACUGUCACAAACGCAAAGUCAAGUGUGACAGAGUGAAGCCAUGCGGUGCCUGCUGUCUUCGGGGAACUCCGUCCGAGUGUGAAUAUGGCACCAGCAAGCGAGAUCGCCACUACAUCGAGCAGUCCGCUCUGAUCGAGAGUCUGACGCAGACAUGCGAGGACCUGAAGAAGCAACUGGCCGAAGCGCGAGCGUUGGCCAAUCUUCCGCCGAUCAAGCACGAGGAUCCAUUCCCACAUGACCUCGAGAAGACGGUGGACGCGGAGGAAGAGCCGCAAGACCCGGAGUCCCAAGAUUCCUCGUUAAUCAGAAAACCGACCGACCCAACAGAUGCACUAGUCUCUAAACACACCAAUAUACCACAGACUACAGAUCAAACGUCUCGAUCGCUCAGUGAAGACAAACGGAUCCUGACCGACCCAGCCGUUGCCAGUUCGUUCGUGGAACUCUUCGUCGAGCGACUCAUUGACAAUUUCAGCCCGCAGCCAGCCGCCCUCUACGGCGGUACCAUUGCUCUGCGCGAGGCGUCUGGGAUGCGAGUUCUGUCGCCGAUGUUGUGCACGGCAUUCGAGGCUGCCUCUCUGACAUUUGCCGGUAAACGGGAGCAGCUCCGCGAGGUGGAAGCCGCAGGACAUGCGCGCUACGUCCGGGUGCUCCGACAGCUGCAAAAUGCGCUGAACGAUCCCAAACAGAACAAGUCGACGGAAGUGAUGGUUGUUGUAUUACUCUUCACUAUCAUCGAGGCCUUCAAACAAAGCUCCAGAGAUUCCUUGUUGAAGCAUCAACUCGGCGGACUGCAACUGCUGCAAGCGCGGACGCCGUACCGACACCGGUACGGGAUAGAUCGGUCGCUUUACGUUGAUCUCCGCUUAUACUGGGUAGGUCAUGUCAUGCGCUCUCUCUCCCAAUUUCAGGGCCGUGCUAACGUUGGCCAGGUUACUGCGGCGCUCGUCCGGCGCAAGCCCACCUUCCUCGCAAGCAAGGAGUGGCUUACGGUCCCAUGGCCAGGAGACGCUCCAUCCAAGGAUAUCCUCCACCGACUGUUGGACAUCGCCGUGGAUAUCCCCGCGUACCUCGGGCAGAUCGACGACUUCGCCGCGGCCCUACGGUCCGGCACCGCCUCGUCGACCGAGCUCGUCGCGCAACAGACGGCGAUCUGGGACCGCGCGACAGAACUACAGUCGCGCUUGAACCUGUGGAAGAGCAUGUUCGCGGACACAUACCCGCCCGGCCGAGCAUGGGAGGAGCCCGCACCGGAUCCAGCGAGCAAGCCCGAAAUCGAAACCGAAACCGAAAUCGAGAACGACGCUAUGCCCAGCUUCCCGACAUUCAUGUGCCGGGACCCGGCGACCAUGGACCUGGUGCCGGCCAAGCUGCUCGUGUACCCGGACCUGCUCUCCGCCACCUGCAUGACCUACUACUGGGCGCUGCAUCUGAUAGUCUCGACUACGGACAGCGGGCUGAUGAGCGUGCUGGGGCUGCAGGAGCGGUACCAAUAUGCGUGCAACAUCUGCCGCAGCAUGAAGUACUACGUCGAGACGAUCCCCGGGUGUCUCGUGUCGCGGACGAUGUUUGUGUUGCGGACGGCGUUUGAUGCGUUUGCGGAUGGCAUGGUCGAGAAGCACUUUGUCACCGAGGUGUUUCGGCAUAUCGCGGACAAGUUUAAUUUUGCGGUUUUUGCAAACCAGUGCGCCUCGUCUUCGGUUAGGGGUUAA